CAUCGGGAACGAAAAAAAAAAACAUUCCGCCAUUUUUUUGUGCGCUCGGUCGCCAAUCUGACACGAUUUUCAGCACAUUUCAAGACAACGGGAACAAGCUUCAUCAGCAUGGAUAGUCCCAGCUGUGGAAAUUGUACUGAAGAUCUGCAUCCGGGACAUCCAGGGAAGGUGACAACUGGCAGUGAGGACCAGACAACAGAUAUAGACACACAGGAGGACAAAGAAGAACAAGCCUCACGUGAGGAAACGUUUCAUAUGAAGGUUGAGAGGACUGAUUCCCCACAAAUAGAAGAAUAUGAUGAAGAACUACUUCAAGACAAGACAGCAGACAUGGGCUGGCAGCAGGACAGGGAGGAGCAAGCUUCAUGUCAGCAAACGUUUCACAAUGAGAAGGUUGGCAAGUCUGAGUUGAAUUCCUUUUCCCCACAUACAGAGGAUCAUGGCAAAGCCGUACUUCAAAACAAGACAACAGACAUGGGCUGGCAUCAGGACAGGGUAGAGCAACCUUCAAACCAGGAAACUUUUCAUAUGAAUGUUGAGAAGACUGAUUCCUUGUCCCCAUAUGUAGAGAAUACCGACAAAGUCUCUCUUCAGAAUAAGACAACAGACAUGGGCUGGCAACAAGAUAUGGAGAAGCAAGCUUCAUCUGAGGAAACAUUUCAUGUGAAAGUUGAGAGGACGGGUUCCUUGUCUCCACACAUAAAGGAUCACGGAGAAGCCCUACUUCAAAACAAGACAACCCAUACAGAAGACAAACCUUACAAGUGUGAUCAGUGUGACUUUUCUGCGGCUAAGAAAUCCCUUCUGGAUGAACACCUAGCAAGACACGCUGGAGAGAAGCGUUUCGUUUGUGGAGAGUGUGGGUUCAGGACUGCCUGGAGGUCUCGCUUAUCCAUACAUAAGAGAAAGCAUACCGGAGUGAAGCCAUACAAAUGUGACCAGUGUGAUUAUUCCGCCGCAGAGAAAGGGACAUUGACCAUCCACAGGGCAAAACACACGGGAGAGAAGCCGUACAUCUGUACUGAGUGCGAUUACAGAACGGUUCGUAGCGAUAAGCUGGCCAGGCAUAAGAGGACUCACACAGGAGAGAAACCCUACAAGUGUCAUCUGUGCGACUAUUCUGCAGCGCAUAAGCUUUCUCUGGACAACCAUGUAGCAAAGCACACGGGCGAUAAACCCUUCAAGUGUGAUCAUUGUGACUACAGUGCUGUCAGGAAAGCCCAUUUGAACGAUCACAUGACAACCCACACAGGGGAGAAACCCUUUGCGUGCGGGCAAUGCGGGUACAGGUUAGCCACAAAGUCCAGCUUAUCCCAACAUUUGAAAACACACAAAGUUGAGAAACCAUUCAAGUGUGGUCUGUGCAACUUUUCCACGGCGACAGAAAUCACUUUGAACAAGCAUGUCAGGCAACACAGCGGUGAGAAAGCGUACAUUUGUAGGGAGUGUGGGUACUCAACGAGUAGACGGUAUAUGCUCUCCCGACACAAGAGAACCCACACAGGAGAGAAACCCUACAAGUGUGACCAGUGUGACUAUUCCGCAGCACGUAAGCACCAUUUAGACAUCCACCUCUUGACACACACAGGGGAGAAACCAUACACUUGCGAUCAGUGCGACUAUUCUGCUGCACAUAAGCUGUCUCUCGACAACCAUCUAGCAAAGCACACCGGUGAAAAACCCUUCGCCUGCGAUCAAUGUGACUAUACUGCCGUAAGGAAAUCCCAUCUGAACGAUCACAUGAAGACGCACAACAAGCCCUUUUCGUGUGGGGACUGUGGGUAUAGAACAGCUCUAAAGUCGAACUUAUCCCAACACUUGCACAUCCACACAGGAGAGAAGCCCUUCAAGUGUGACCAGUGUGACUACUUAGCGGCACGCAAAGCCCACCUGGACAGCCACCUAAUAACCCACACUGGUGAAAAACCUUACACUUGUGACCAGUGCGACUAUUCUGCAGCACACAAACUCUCUCUGGACAACCAUUUAGCAAAGCACACAGGUCAUAAACCCUUCAAUUGUGAUCAGUGCGAUUAUCGUGCCGUUCGGAAGUCACAUUUGAACGACCACUUGGCGACCCACGCCGAGGAGAAACCUUUUGUUUGCGGGGAAUGCGGAUACAGCACGGCUGUGAAGUCCAACUUAUUCCAACACUUAAAAAUGCACACAGGAGAGAAGCCGCACCAGUGCGACCAUUGUGACUACUCUGCGACUCGUAAAUCGCAUCUGAACCGCCACUUGAGAAAACACACAGGUGAGAAACCCUACAUGUGCAGGGUGUGCGGCCUAAGGACUGGGGACAAGUCUUUCCUCGCUCAACACAUGAAAACUCACACGGGUGAAAAACCGCACAAAUGCGAUUAUUGUGAUUAUUCUGCUUUGCGGAAAUCCGGUUUGGACGCCCAUCUAGCAAGACACACCGGCGAGAAACGUUAUGUAUGUGGUGAGUGUGGGUAUAGAACAGUGGAAAGCUCCAGCUUAUCCAAACAUCAAAGAACUCACACAGACAGAGAGAAACCCUACAAAUGUGACCAGUGUGACUAUUCUGCGAUGCAGAAAGCCAGUCUGGACACCCAUCUAGCAAAACACAGAGGUGAAAAACCCUUCAUAUGCGAGGAGUGUGGUUUUAGAACGGCCGGGAAGUCGAACUUGUCUAAGCACAAGAAAACCCACGCUCUAGACAAACCGUACAAGUGUGAUCAGUGCGAUUAUUCUGCAGUGAGAAAGUCACAUUUGGACAUCCAUCUAGCAAAACACAUGGGUGAUAACGUACGUGUGUGGGAAGUGGUAGACAUGGAUACGUCGUCACCACGUCCUGUUGCGAUAUUUGAGAACCCAGACAAUAUGGAAAGCAUGCAUGUGAUUGAUGUGAACAGUGCAAAUUAGCUGUGCAAAAAAAACAGUUUUGACACGUAAUAAAGCUUUGCACCUGAACAAGUUUUAUGUACAGGUACAUGGGUUAAGGUGUGAGCUUGCUGAAGUUUUACCUGUAACCAACUGUCUUUUUCUCAAUGAGGAAGGUAUUUGCAUGAUUUAUGUUUGAAUCUCAAAACAUUUUUUGCAAGUUUUGUUAAUUUUGCUGCAAUAUUAUCACAAUUGUCAUCAUUGAUUCAGUAUUUAUUCAUGCAUUUAUGUAGUCUAAAAAAGUGGUGCCCACUCGUGUUUCAGUUUGUUUGGGUACCAAUACACCAGAUACACAACUCUACAGGAAUAGGUACAGGUAUUGGGUACACAGCCCUACACAUGUUUUGUCCAUAGCAUAGUACAUGUAUGUUGUACAUGAUAUAUUCUGGUGAGAAGCAUUAUGUAUACCAGAGAGUGUGGGUACAGAACGAUAAAAGUUGAGGAUGCCUAGGUAUUUACACAAAUUUUAUGGAAAUACCAUUCACUACCAAGAAACAUACAACUGUUACUGAAUUCAUGCAAGUUUUACAUACAAGCCUAACUCAUAGUAAAACUCCUUAUGAAUUCCAUUAAAUUUGUGUGUAUUCCUUAAUACUCGUGUGCAUGUAUGUAUUCUGCACUAUUUAUGUAUACUUACAAUGUACAUAUAGGUACUGCUGACUUUGUAAGUCAUGUGUAGUCAUGUACUAUAAGCCAUACAGAUAUACAUGUAUAGGUUAUAUAAAGUUAUAAAGUGCAUGAUAUGUAACUAACUGAGUAAUAUAUUUGAUGAUAGAGGACUCAGAUGAUAAACAAAAAAUUGUUUAGUCAUAGGUACUGCUUUUUAGAAGCUAGUAUAUGUCCAUAUGUGAAGAACUGUGACCCCUACCUGCCCAAAAAUAGAUAGUAAAAAGAUUAUUUAAAUGGGUGUAUAGAUCUUGCAAAUCAUGAUUGUAAAACUAGUGCCAAAUCUUUCUUUAACAUUUGUAAUAAUAUAAGCAUCAUGGAUCUAGAUCAAUAGCAGAGAAAAUGUCCCUCUUGCCAUUGAUGUCCCUUAUUAUUGGACAAAUAAAUGUAUCAAGUAUUAAAAUCCUUGUUACAUUGAUCAUUAUUUUCCUCGUGCAGAUGACCAGGUCACUGAGGAGUAAAUAGUGCUGUGUAUCUAAACUUAUAUUCAGGUUCAGGUCCCGAUUCAGGUCCAGCAUGCAGGUUCAGGUCUGGACUUGUAAGUCUGUGUACUAUCUAUGAAAGGUUUUAGAUGGUUUAGAACAGAAUGGAGAAUAUAAGUGAGGGAUAGCUUUUUGCAAGUCCAGACUUGGUUCCCCAUAGUUUUUUUUUUUUUUGGACAUGGACCUAAAUGUUUUAAGUCCAAUUCUGGGUUUUAGGUACGCAGCACUAGGUGUAAACCUGUUUUUGCCAGCAGAACAUUUAUAUGACAUUUUCUUUGGGGAGUUGUUCCAGCGGGUACGAUUUGUUUCUGGAAUGGCACGCCUACAGCAAUGGUUAUCUAAAAUCAUAUACAGAGAAAUGGCCAUAAUCACACCCUCUGCAUGAUUAUGGUAGAUGAAGGAUCCGUCAUCUGUCCCCCUAGAAGUAAAACGAGCCAGACCACAAACCAUCUCCAUUUCUGCAGUCCUGGGCCACACAGCUUUGUGCAAUCACUACAGCAGGGGGCUAGUCCACUGGUAGUGCUGUGUGUGUUCAACUAAAUAUAGGUAUCUAUAUACUCUUUCCCAAAUGUUGAGUGCCAAACAGGGAAAGAAGUACAUGCACCAUUUUUAAUGUCUUUGGUAUAAAUUUGUAAUUACAAUUAUUGUUUGUUCGAGGACAAAAAGUUUUCUCAACUUUGCGUAUUUUGCGUUGACUUAGGUCUUUUUCAGGUUGGUAUUACAUAAAUUGAAUACAACACGGUGUACUACGCAUCCAGCCCUCCCAAGGGUAGGAUCGUCCUCUGGAUUUCUUGCGAUCCGUUGGGCUGGUACCUCGGGUGAUACGGAAUACA